AUGUGUACGCAGGUGUGUAACGAGUGCACCAACAUCAUGUCCUCCUUCAGGUGCCACCCUCCUUCAAGUGCCACCUCCUUCAGUUGCCGCCCUUCUUCAGGUGCCGCCUCCUUCGGGUGUGGCCUCCUUCAAAUGCUGCCUCCUUCAGGUGCCGCCUCCUUUGGGUGUGGCCUCCUUCAAAUGCUGCCUCCUUCAGGUGCCGCCUCCUUUAGGUGUGGCCUCCUUCAAAUGCUGCCUCCUUCAGGUGCCGCCUCCUUUGGGUGUGGCCUCCUUCAAAUGCUGCCUCCUUCAGGUGCCGCCUCCUUUAGCUGGCAACGGAGGUGGGGGUGCGCAGGCUGGCCGUGGUGGCCUGUGACCUCGUGGUCAACCUCCACCUGCCCGCCUCGCCCACGCACUGCAUGCACCGCGCCGCCCGCAUCGGGUGGCUGGGCCACGCGGGUGGUGUCGGUGUGUGAGGAGCGCGAGGAGUUUGUGGUGCAGCAUGUGGCGCAAGAGCUGGGUGUGAAGAUGGCGCGCUUGGAGGUGGUGGAGGGCAGCCUCGGGCCGUAUGAGGGGCGCAUCGAGUACCGAGUACUGAGUGAUGAGGGGCUGGCCGCCCGCUACCUAUAA